AGUUGGUUGCUUUCAAUUCAGUUUUGUUAGUAACUGGUUCAGUCUCUUUCUGCGCUCUAAGGAUCAAGGUUAAGAUUUGUAUUACUAAAAGUCUCUUUGUGAACUACUUCUAAAAUCUCUAAUUUUACAAGAGGAACUCGUGGAUCUCUCUAAAAUGGAAACUACAAAGAAUUUGGAAUUACCUUUGAUGCUGUGGAAUCUAUUGAAUCUGGAUGACUCCGAAUUAAUAUCUUGGGGACCAAAAGGUGAUACUAUAAUACUCACUAAAAAUGCUUGGAACACCUACUUGGCAAAUCCUGUGUUUGAUUUGAAUUAUGGUGACUGGGAUGAAUUCUCGAAUCAAUUAUUAAACUAUGGUUUUGAUCUUUUAAACUGCAGAAAAGAUCAACAUAAGGGUGUACUCGUCCAUAUGAAGCAUAAGUUUUUUCGUAGAAAUAGAUUUGAUUUGCUUUCUAAGGUUAUAUGUAAUACAAAGUCUAAAACAAGUGUCAUCAAUCCUCCAAAGAUAUCUGAAGGAAAAACAGGUGUUAUAAGUCGUGAUAAAUUGGAGCAACUUCGAGUUUUUGCCGCUAUAAGAUUUAAUUCGCUAAAAAGGGGUUUAGAAAUAACUAAUACCAGUUCAACCGCGGAAAACUCAUUGGGUUGUAAGCCAACUGUUAUAGAGCAUCCAUCUGAGGUUAAAACAGAUGAUGAGCCCAUGAUUGAGUUCCUUACUGAUUGUGCUCCGACUUAUGCUGGUUAUUAUGGAGAAUACACUAUAGAACAAUUGAAUCAAUUUUUCGGUGAUUAUUUACCUAAGUAUGGCCCGAAUAGAAAAAUAAUUAUAAAACCAUUCAAAAAGGAAUUUCAAACUUUAUUAGAUAAUGCCAGAAAUAACAUGGGUAGACCCAAAAUUGCUCGGAAAUUUUGUAAAGAACAAGUUGGUACUCAAAAUUAUAUACCAUUAUCAUCGUCCGAUGAAGGAACUUUUAUGGAAAGAACAAACGCGCUGCAUGAAAUAACAAAACCAAGAUAUCAGCGAAAAUUGCUCAAGGAGAAGAUUGGUACACAAAAUCAUAUACCAAUAUCAUCUCCUGAUGAAGGUAAUUUCAUUGAAAGGACAAGUGUAUUUUUUAAUACUGCAAAACGAACUGAAGAUUUCUCGGAUUAUGAAUUCUCCGAUGAUGAAGAUGAGAUGGGAAAUGAAAUGUUGUCUGAUUCAAAAAUGAAUGAAGAUGAUGAUUGCGAACCUUCUAGUAGUAAAAAAAUGAAAUUUUCUGAGCCGGAUGAGGCAGAAUAUUAUGAUUUUUUGGAGAUGAUAGAUGCCAACUCUACUUUACUGGAAGAUGUUCCAGUUCCUCAAUAUGUACAAGAGUUUCUAGAUAAAGCAGCUGAAGAGAAAUAUGAGAAAGAAGACAUGCGCAAAGAUUUUUCAGAUGGAAUUAAGGAUCUUAUAGAAAUACGCAAAUAAUUUAAAACUUAACAGUUUUACAAUUCUAGAUUUUAUAAAAUCAAUAAUAAA